AUGGCCGAGCCCCCGUCGGACCCCGAGUCCCACGACUUGUCGGGCCGCCGGGUCUCCCAGGCCCGGGAGCAGCGCCCGAGUCUGCCCGCUGAGGAGCCGCAGCCGCCCGAGGGGGCCCCGGCCGUCCCGCAGCAGCCCUGGGGCCCCGAGGCGGGCUUCUUCCCCGACCUGGGGGAGCUGCCCGAGUACCCGACCUUCAACACGCUCUACUACCCCCAGGCCAUGCCGCCCUUCGGGGACGAGCUGGCGGAGGAGGAGGAGGGGGACGACGAGGGCUACGUGCUGCAGCAGCUGCAGCGGGACAGCCAGAUGUUCCAGCAGCUGGAGGCCGCCUACCAGCCGCCCACCUCGCAGCUCCUCAGCGAGCUCACCAGCCUGUACCAGCACGACGACGUGCAGUACAGCCAGGACACCCCGCACGGGCCCUACCUGCGGGACGACCCGGCCCUCGGCUUCUCCGCCUCCGAGCUGGGCUUCAUGCCCUACGGCGCCGAGGUGCCCGAGCCCGAGCCCCGGGAGCUGGCCGUCCAGAACGCCAAGGCCUACCUGCUGCAGACCAGCGUCAAUGGCGACAUCAGCCUCUACGAACACCUGGUGAACGUCAUGACCAAGAUCCUGAACGAGCGGCCGCAGGACCCGCUGUCCAUCCUGGAGUGGCUGAACCGCACCACCCGCACCGAGUGGUUUCACCCCAAGCUGGACACUCUGCGGGACGAGCCCGAGACGCUGGCCACCUAUGAGCUGGCCGAGAAGCAGAAGGCCCUGUUCCUGCGGGGCAGCGGCCUGGGCGAGGGGGAGCAGGAGAUGGAGGAGGAGGUGGGGGACACAGCGGUGCCCAACGUGAUGGAGACGGCCUUCUACUUCGAGCAGGCCGGUGUGGGCCUGAGCUCCGAUGAGAACUUUCGCAUCUUCCUGGCACUGAAGCAGCUGGUGGAGCAGCAGCCCGUGCAUACUUGUCGCUUCUGGGGCAAGAUCUUGGGCACCCGAAGAAACUACCUGGUGGCCGAGGUGGAGUUCCGCGAGGGGGAGGACGACGAGCUGGAGGAGGAGCUGGAGGAGACGGCAACAGUCGACCAGGCCGAGCCCCCCGAGGGCCACGAUGACGAGGAGGCCGAGGACGAUGAGGACAAGGCCGCCGACACCCUGCCCAAGUCGGCCUGGAAGCCGCCCCCCGUGGUCCCCCGCGAGGAGAACCGCAGUGGGGCCAACAAGUAUCUUUACUUCGUGUGCAACGAGCCGGGCCAGCCCUGGACGCGACUGCCACCUGUGUCCCCUGUGCACAUCGUCCAGGCCCGCAAGAUCAAGAAAUUCUUCACCGGCUAUCUGGACGCGCCUGUGGUCAGCUACCCGCCCUUCCCGGGCACCGAGGCCAACUAUUUGCGGGCACAGAUCGCCCGCAUCUCGGCUGCUACGCACAUCAGUCCGCUGGGCUUCUACCAGUUCGGAGAGGAGGAGGGCGAUGAGGAGGAGGAGGGUGGCGGGGGCCGAGAUUCCUUCGAGGAGAACCCCGACUUCGAGGGCAUUCCCGUGCUCGAGAUGGUGGACUCCAUGGCCAACUGGGUGCAUCAUGCGCAGCACAUCCUGCCCCAGGGCCGCUGCAUGUGGGUGAACCCCCUGCAGAAGUCAGAGGAGGAGGAGGAGCUCGGGGAGGAAGAAGAGAAGGCCGACGAAGCCCUGGAGGAGGUCGAGCAGGAGGUGGGGCCCCCGCUGCUGACCCCGCUCUCGGAGGACGCCGAAAUCAUGCACAUGACUCCCUGGACCGCCCGCCUAUCUUGUAACCUCUGUCCCCAGUACGCCUUGGCGGUCGUCCGCUCCAACCUUUGGCCCGGAGCCUACGCCUACGCCAUUGGCAAAAAGUUCGAGAACAUUUACAUCGGCUGGGGCCACAAGUACAGUCCGGACAACUUCAACCCCCUGCUGCCACCGCCCAUCCAGCAGGAGUACCCCAGUGGCCCUGACGUCCUGGAGAUGAGUGACCCCACAGUGGAGGAGGAGCAGGCGCUCAAGGCGGCACAGGAGCAGGCCCUGGCCGCAGCGGAGGAAGAGGAGGAGGAUGAGGAGGAUGAAGAGGAUGAUGAACAGGAUGACUGAGGCACUAGAGGAAGCAGCAGCUUUUAAUAAACAAA